UGGUUGUAGAUGGCCAUCAAAAGUGCCGUCGAAGAAUAUGUAAAAAGAAAGACAUCGAUAUUCGGACAGAUGAAUUUGAACGCAUAACGAUCGGUUGUAGAAAAACCCCCAAAACAAACUCUAAAUACUGUGAAGAUCACCAAAACGAAGAGUCAUUCAAUCAUUACAAUAAAGUAAGCGAACUCUUUCUAAGAAAAUCAUCAUCUUAAUUUUUGAUACUUCUGACUUGAUCAUUUAUUGUUUUCCUUAAAUUCCAUCUCUCAAUAACACGUACUCAUUACGAAUGCUUUAGGAAAAGCGAAUGUUGAGAUCAUCAAUACCUUUACAAAAAAUGCUGCUGCGACGUAGUACGUCGCAGCGGUAUAUUUCCGGUAUAUUUCCUAGAAAACACAAUAGUAACUUACUAUUGUGUUUUCUAGGAAAUAUACCGGAGUGAAACGAUCAAAGAAAUAAUUAACACGUUAGCUAAUAUUCUCAAAAUUACAAAAAACGUUCCAUCUGUAAUUUUAUAUGAUGACGUUGCCAUCUGGUUCAUUAUCUGAAGAAUCAUUACGGAAAGCGCAUAAAAAAAAGGAUCCAAUCAAAAUUUCUACUCAAUUGCAAAUAUAACGUUGAUCGAAUGCAUUUUCCUAAUCAUGUUUGGUGGUGGUGUCGAGAGAAUAUGAAUUCUUACAAGUCAAACUUAUUAGACAACAUAAACACACAAGCUGCUGAACAAACAUUUUCAUGGUUGAAAAAGUAUUCAAAUCAAAUAUCUGGUACGGGCCACAAAAGGAUAAUGACCUAUUUGUUAAUGUUGUUCCAUCUGAAAAAUUGUGAAUAUGUUGAAAUUAGACCAGAUUUAUAUGAUAAUGAGAAUCCUCUUCACAUAAAAAACGUACUUGUAAGUGCUGAAAAAACCCCUGAGCAACAUGGAUACCAAAGCUUUUUUGAUACUUUCAGUCAAAAACAUAUACCCUGCCAACUAAAAUGGAUAUUUCAGAUGACUCACCCGAUGACAACGACGCUACAACUGCCACUACACUUUCCCAUCUUGAAUUCUGUCUCAUGUUUGUUCAAUUCUGAUGAGACUAUAUUGAAUUCUGAUUCAAUUCUGAUGUGAAAAUGUUCAAUUCUGCUGAUAUUACUUGAAUUCUGCUUAACUUCAUCAGUCUACACACUUUCCCAUCUUGAAUUCUGUCUCAUGUUUCUUCAAUUCUGAUGAUAUUACUUCAAUUCUGCUUCAGUUCAUCAGUCGUAAGUUCUUCUUCGUUCAGCAAUUCAUGUCGUAAGACUGACACAUGACCUAAUUUCAUAAGAAGCCGGAAGACGGUCUUACACAUCCUCGUCUUUUGUUUUGGUAAUUUGUAUACUGCUGGCGCGAGAAAGAUUUUUCCGAUAUAGGUCACAGCAUGUGGCAGUAGUCUGUUUUUGUGAUUGGUGAUAAAGAUCAUUUGAGUAGAUCGAAAAACUGCUUGAUCGCUAUUCACACACGUAUGUCGGCACGUUUUUAGUAGAGAUCUUUCUCGUAUUUUUCUAUCGUUCCCCCAAGAUAUUUAUCAGAACGCAAGAGAAAAAUAUUCUCAGGAGGUUCCUGUUUGCUAUUAUUCUCUCGUACACUCGUCUAUCGGCAGCAGCAUCUCUUCUAGGUCGUCUUGUUCUUGACGCGGUGUAACGAGGCAAGGACCUUAACAACGAUAAUAGGAAAUAGAAAUCUGUAAUUUAUUUUCUGAAAUAAAUAUUCAUCUUAUGUUUUAGUAAGUGUACUGGGCGAUGAAGCUAAUGGAAUUGGACGAGAGGAAACGUCGGAAAUGGAUGCUAAAUUGGGUUCACUUGGUACUAGUGGUAAAUGGGCAGAAAAAUUGAUUAUAACGGAUGAUAUCGGUGCCAUAUGUCUUGCUAUCUACGAUAUAUCAAUUUGGCCACCACAAAUUCGGAGUACGCUAAAAGAAACUGAAUGCGACUGA